UCUUCCGGGUCGUGCCCCGGCCUUCGGGAAGAAGCCGCAUGGGUCAGCGCCUCCUGCGCGGCUUCCUUCCGCUGCUGCUGCCGCCGCCGCCCCCCCAGCCCGGGCACCGCAUGCACAGCACGGGGUCCGUCCUGCCCCCCAAGCGGCCCCGCAGCGACCUUAUGGCCCCGCGCCGAAUAGGCACGCACAGCGGCACCUUCCACUGCGAUGAGGCGCUGGCGUGCGCCCUGCUGCGCCUCCUGCCCGAGUUCCGGGAUGCAGAGAUUGUGCGGACGCGGGACCCCGAAAAACUGGCGGCUUGUGACAUCGUGGUAGAUGUGGGUGGCGAGUAUGAUCCUCAGAGACACCGAUAUGAUCAUCACCAGAGGUCUUUCACAGAGACCAUGAGCUCCCUGUACCCCGGGAAGCCGUGGCAGACCAAGCUGAGCAGUGCGGGACUCAUCUAUCUGCACUUCGGGCACAAGCUGCUGGCCCAGUUGCUGGGCACUAGUGAAGAGGACAGCAUAGUGGGCACCCUCUAUGACAAGAUGUACGAGAACUUCGUGGAGGAAGUGGAUGCAGUGGACAAUGGGAUCUCCCAGUGGGAAGUGGGCGAGCCUCGCUAUGCACUGACCACCACCCUGAGUGCCCGGGUUGCUCGGCUUAAUCCCACCUGGAAUCAGCCCAACCAAGAUACUGAGGCCAAGUUCAAGUGUGCGAUGGAUCUGGUUCAGGAGGAGUUUCUGCAGAGAAUCGAAUUCUACCAACACAGCUGGCUGCCAGCGCGGGCCUUGGUGGAAGAGGCCCUGGCCCAGCGAUUCCAGGUAGACUCAAGUGGGGAGAUAGUGGAACUGGCAAAAGGUGGAUGUCCCUGGAAGGAGCACCUCUACCACCUGGAGUCUGAGCUGUCACCCCCGGUCACCAUUGCCUUUGUUAUCUACACCGACCAGGAGGGGCAGUGGCGAGUGCAGUGUGUGCCCAAGGAGCCCCACUCGUUCCAGAGCCGGCUGCCCCUGCCGGAGCCGUGGCGCGGUCUUCGGGAUGAAGCCCUGGACCAGGUCAGUGGGAUUCCUGGCUGCAUCUUUGUCCAUGCCAGCGGCUUUAUUGGUGGGCACCACACCCGAGAGGGUGCCUUAAGCAUGGCCCGUGCCACCUUGGCUCAACGCCCAGGCCUUCCACAGAUCUCCUAAGUCAAUAAAAUUUCUCUCUCA